AUGCAGGCACCCACAGGCCCCACGACAAUGCCCUGGAUAAAAGCACCUAUCGUUAUCAGGAACCGUUACCGCGAUUUUAAGCGCUGGCUCCGAAAAGACAAAACUACAGUAUCCUGCAUCGCCGACAUGAUUCAACCACCUCCUCCUUAUCAAGCCGUACGAAGAGACCCCCCAGUCCACGGUGAGCUGGAUAACUUGCAAUUCAUACUCUAUCACUACCGAAGACAGUUAUUCAGCGAGAAUGGGAUAGAUAGAGAGCUCCUAAGCGCCGAUAUUGAGAGCCUGCAUCGGUGGAUUCAACAGCUAGAGUAUCUCAUCUACUGGGAUUUGGCAACGACAAUCCCUACGAGAUUUCGUCACGAACCCAUCAAAGACCGGAUAUUAAGACGUAUAAGGAGGCUUCGUGGAGAAGACCCUCCGCCUAUAGAUGAAGACGAUGAUUUUUUAGAAGAUGAAAUAAUAUAA